CCAGUGAAGUAUUCUGUACUAUAGUACUGAUACUGGCACUAACAGUGUGUAUUUGCUCCUGUUAUCUUUUUGAUAUUUUUCUCCAUUAACACACUUUCUAUUACUGGUUCAUAAUGAUUGGGCAAUAUGUAUGUGGAAAUUGAGGAUGAAGAGAAGAGAUCCUGUUCGAAAGAAGAAACAGAAAUCGCAGACGGAAGAUCAUCGCAGAUGGAUCCUCCACAACCAAUCAUUGUCAAUUACAGCAAAACUCGUAAAAGAUCUCUGUAUAAAGCUGGACAGUGCAAUGUCCGCAAGAAGCAUGCUCCCAAGUAUGAGUGGUUGUUGCACAUGCAGGAUAUCUUCACCUCACUUGUGGAGUCAAGAUGGCGGUGGACAUUACUGGUGUUCUCAUUGAGUUUCCUCAUAACUUGGUUCUUAUUUGGAGUGCUUUGGUGGAUUGUUGCCCAUGAGCAUGGAGAUCUGAUUGGCUAUGAUAUGUAUGAUUCUAACAGGGAACCUUGCGUGACAAUGAUGAAUGAUUUCGUAUCCUGUUUCCUGUUCUCCCUGGAGACUCAAUACUCAACAGGUUACGGAUCUCGCUCCCCGACCACUGAGUGCCCUGAAGCUAUUAUUUUGCUGAUUAUCCAGAGUAUUUUUGGUGUCUUGAUCCAGUCUACAAUGGCUGGCAUUGUAUUUGCAAAACUGUCUCGUCCCAAAGCUAGAAGCCAACACAUUAUAUUCAGCAAAAAAGCAGUGAUCUGUCUGCGAGAUGGAUACAUGAGUCUUCUUUUCCGAGUAGGAGACUUCCGUAAGUCUCACAUAGUUGGCGCCACUGUGCGAGCCUGGAUGCUGCAGCACCGCAUUACACCUGAGGGAGAGGUGCUGCCUCACUAUCAGCACAGUAUGCAGCUCAAUGUCGACUCUGGGGGGUCUGAUGCAUUCCUGAUAUGGCCUUCCACAAUCCUACAUAAAAUUGACCACAGCAGUCCUCUCUACAACAUUUCCGCUAUGGACCUACUUGGAACUAACUUUCAAAUUGUGGUGGUCCUUAAUGGUACAGUGGAGGCGACGGGCCAGACUACUGAGGCGAGAACAUCGUAUCUGGCUUCACAGAUACUGUGGGGCCAUCGUUUCAAACAGCUCAUCAAAUACUACAGAAAGCGGAGGUAUGACUUCGCUGUCGACUACAGUAGAUUCGAUGAGACAUUCAAGGUGGAUACACCACUUUGUAGUGCCAGGGAAUUGAACCAGUGGAACAUUCCUCGAUCUACAAUAACUCCUGAGCCCUCCUUGCCUGUUACUUCAAAAGCGGAAAUGUUUGAUGAUUCUGCCUAUAAAACUUUGUGAUCCAUCAUUGUAUUAAUAUUUUAUUUGUUAUGAAUUGUAUCUAGUAUUCCUUGUAAUUGAGGUACAAAAGAUGAAGGUAAUUCUCAGAUUAACUCGUUGAUAUCUAAUUAAUCUUAUUCUUAGUUUUAGUCUUACACAAACUAGGAUCUUUCCAACAAACCAUCGAUUUGAACUAUUCUACUCUUGACUGUAUAUAUGGGCAGAGGAAGGCUAGGACAUCAAGACAUGUCCCAACGUCAGUGAUGUGUUCUUUUAGUUUUUAAAUCAUCCAAAUCUUAUGUUAUAAGUCAUGUAAAUCCAAUUUCAGGGACUCCAUAGAUGAUAAGAAAUCCAUGUGCUCUGAAUACCCUAGUAGUCAGUGUACACAAUCAGUCUGUUAACAAAUGAAAUCUUUAUUGGGUUACUCCCUUGUGAAGUGUAAAAGAAUUGAACAAGUGACAUAUUUUUGUUUGCAAUAAAUUCUGAGUCCUUAUUAGAUUUUAUUUCUCAAAUGCUGCUGUGCAACUACUCAAUUCACUGGAAUAUAGAGAAUAAUUAAACAAGUAUCAAUCUAUACAAGUUUACAGUAUUUCAGGAUUUUUAUGAAAACUUAAUUAGAUCACUUUUUGAGCUUGUGCAUGAAAUGAUGUAAGCUAUUUAAUAUAUUCAUAACAUUCUUUUCGCCAACGCUUUUUAAACUAAAUCCAAAUUGAGGAGGUAAAGAGUCACUGUAGUAUGUUGAAUCCAGAUUCCAGGAGUCAAGUAUGUGAACUUGUCAGGUUUUAGACAUUGCACUAAGCUUUGGUGAAGUGAAGUUGAACUCAACAUUCACAAUCACCUUAAAAUGCUAAAGUUGGUUUCAGUAAAUUUCUGAAAAAUUGUAAACUCUCAGGCCUUAGACUAAGAUUCAGAUUUUCUUGUUCUACACAGUUCUACAUUUUUUCAUUGUUUCUGUCUAUUUAGUUAUUUUUCUUUACUGUGUUUGACAAUGAAUCUAUAUUUUUCUGUGUAACAGUGACUUUUAGUUAAAACAAAAUCCCUCCACUCAUAACCUAAACAUGUACAAUACUGCAAACACGACAUUGAUCUAUAAAUUAAACUCAUUGGGAAAGUUAAGUUGUAACAAAUCCAUUGAAAAUAAAUGUUUCUAUAAUGCAGUUUUA